AUGUCCUCGAUAAUAACAACCUUGUUCAAAGCCACUCUCGGUUUGCUAGUCAACAAAGGUAGAGAUAAGGCCGCGGAGAUUCUGAAAGAUGGCGAUGUAACAGAUCAAAGAUUCCACUCCUUGAUCGUCCGUGAAAUAGACGACAUCAAGUCGAAAUUGGACGCGUUAUCGAGGAAAGAUUUAGAAGCGAGCAUCAGUUUCUUUGAGGAAGGAAUCGCGUUGUUGUAUGAAGUGUUUGACAUAGUAAAGUCUAGAAACGAGCGCGGUGCGGCAGCAGCACAAGCAGCUUGCGAUGAAGCAUUUUCUCUUGUUGAAGGAAUCAGAAGGUUAGAGCUUACUGGCCUGGACGAGUCUGCCACAAGAAAGCUUUCCACUGCAAAGGAAAGAUUCAAAGAUGCUCGAAGGGAAGCAACGAGGGCCUAUAAAAACGAAGGCCUCAAAACAUCUGACCGCAUUCUGGCCAUGAAGUAUCGAGUAAUGGCAACGAUAUUGGAAACAGUAGACAAUCCCGCUGAUGCAGUGGCACCAUGUGGAGUGUGUGUAAAGGAACUUAACAGUCUGUCAGCAGUACAGAAUAGCCUUGACGUUCAGCUCAAGACAGGCAUUCAGAAAGUGAGGGGUUUAUUUGGUAAAGAGGAAAGAAGGGAAAUAAUUUACAAUGUUUGUCAUGUGAAUCGUGUGAUCUUUGAUAUCGCGCUCGCAUUGGGGAGAGUUGACUUCAGCCCGAGUGUUGAUAUUGGAGAAAAUAAAGUUAUUCCAUUGUGUGACGCGAGAGUAAAAGACGUGCUACUCAGCCAUGGUAAAGAGUAUUGUUGUGUUCCACCAAGGUCAUUUGGUCAGGAGGGUAAAGAGGAACACAAGCUGAAGAACCCAAACGGUAUCGCUACAAACUCCAGCGGAGAAUUCAUUGUAAUAGACUUGCAUCACGUGAAGGUGUUUGACAGCAGCGGCAAGUUUGUGAAACAGUCGAGUCUCUGUACCGUUAAAGAAAAUUUUGCAGUAGCCACAGACAUGAGCGACAAUAUCUUUGUGCUGGCCGAACCGUGGGUUUAUAAACUUACUAAAACCGCUGACCUACAUCACAGGUUUCGUUUAAGGGGAGGGGGCGAGUACGAUGGACUGUCAGUCAGUGGUAAAGGGACAGUGGUGACCUUGCUGGACCAGAUAGCAGUGGAGGAAUAUGACACUGAUGGAAAGUUUGUUCGCACUUUUGGACAAGAAAUAAUAAAUUCUGCGUUGGAUGUCACUGUUGCUAAUGAUGGCCUUGUUAUGGUAUUGGACCAAUCAAACCACUGUCAGUUUGUUGACGUAUUCAGUGAAUCCGGCGACUAUCUUCACAAGUUCAAAAUGCAAAGACGUGACUGUCUUUACACAAGCAUUGCAUUUCACCGAGCAAGUGAACAUGUCGUCGUCGCCGGUUUUCGAGUGGAAGAAGCCCUGCAGGUUGACAUGUACAGUAAAGAUGGUGAGUUUGUGUACCAUGCACAAAUCCCAAUUGAUGGUGGGAUCAAUAUACCGGUAGUGACAGGGAUUUCGGUGACAACCAAGGGACGCAUUGCUUGUGUUACAGAUGACAAGGUAUUAAUUUUUUGAAGAGGGGGGUGAAGGGGAGGUCUUGCUCACGUUUCACGCACAUCAAGAAGUAGAAUAACGCCUACGAAAAAUUGUUUAGACGACUUUAAGAUUCACGUUUCUCUAAAAGAAAAAAAUUUACCGUUCACAUGGUCUUAAUUUCAUAUUUAUUACAAGUCACAAAAAUUAAAAACACUUGUUUAAUCCUGCAUCACGCAAAACCCCCUCUUACCCCCUCUUUAAACUGCUGGUUUUGAUGGUUUCUUGUUUUCCAAAUUGUUCAAUUAUCUUUUUUGGCUGAAGUCAUUUUUAAGAAAUAGUUUCUUUCCAUAUUUCCUUUUUGACAUUAAAUUUCCAAAGUGUACCUAGCUUUUAUGUAGAUUUUUGAUGAUUGUAUCAAGUGUUAGUUUUGAUUGUGAUAACUUUAAUCACAGCAAUGCAUAAUAAGUUUCAUUCUUAGUAUGUAAAUGGACAGUCAUAUAUUUUAAAUAUUUUAAAAGGGUGUACAUGUCAAUAUUGCGUAUUAGGGUUUUUUUUUGGAAGGAGGGCUGAGGAGGAUUCACUGAACCUUGGGAUGACAUUGAUUUUAUUUCCUGAUUUAACCCUUGGCUAGGUUGGUUGGUUUUGACAUAGCCUCUUGUUGCAUUACAAGUUUGUUAUUGUUUCAUGUUUUAUUAUAGGCUCUUCAGCCUAUUUCUUUAUACAUUGAAACUAUUUUAUUUUCAAAUAGUGAAAGUUUUAGCCAAAAUUAAGGAAUUUUUUGCAAAUUUCAUUUACAACAUCCUAAUAAAAAUUCUUGUGUUGUGUUAAAAAACUUGUUUGAUUUGUAAAUCCCAAAACCUUGCUUGAGAGAGUUAUUGGUUGGGUAUCAAGUUGAAGAUAAGCAACUAGCCAAUACAAGUUUUUUUCACUUAAUUCAUAGGGAAACCUUUUAAUAGUUUCAUUUCAUGCAAUGGAUAUAUGGAGAGGAAUAAAAAGGAAAUUGAAAAACUAUGGUCAUAGGAGAAAGAAAUUUACAAAACCAGUAAAUGUGGCCUGUCAUUCCUGUCAUUCCUGUUUAUUCCUUUGGUAAUGUGUUGAAAAAAUUUUUACUCAAAACUCAAGAUUUUUUUCCUGCCAUUUUCAGGAUGUUAAUUGGUCAUUGCACAACGGAGAAUUUUUCUGAUUACUGUGCAUGUGCUGAAUUUUCCAGCCAAAUUUUUGCUUAUGAAGUUUAUUCUCCUGUUACUACCAGAACAUCUUUCAAGAAGACUCUUCACUUUGCCUUUAGCAGCACCUAUUUUGAGCUCUGUGUGAUACUAAACAACAGUGAUUAUCAUUCACUUACCAGGUGAUCAAUGUCACAAGUAAACAAGUUACUUUGUUAGUAUUGUUAGUAGUCUGAUUAGUAUACUUAUUUUAUGGAAAAUGCUGAACAACUUUUAAAAGAAAUUUUUUUGAGUCAGUGCGGCUUAAUAUGCCCACUUCAACUAUUGAACAGUUUCAUUCCUAAGCAAUAUCACUUUGAAUUGAUUAAUAGAGUUUAUUAAACCUACAUUGUAACAACUUAAUACCCACUGAGGUUAAGUGAAAUUGAAAUUCCUAAAGAUUGGAUUUGUUUAUCAUGAUGUCUUUAGUAUUCAUUACAAAGCAUCAUUUUUGUAUACAGUAUAGCAAUAGUAAUGUUGUGCAUUACAAUUUUCCGAAUGUGUUUUUUGUAUUUACAGCUCUAAGCUGAUUCAGUAGGUUUAAUUAGAAGAAUUAUUGACUGAGUCACUUUUUUACAAAGUGUAACAAUGCUUUAAAACUGUAAUUAAAAGUAAUUUAGAGGGGGUGAAUUGGCUUGCAGCUAUUUGGAUUUGGAUUUUAUAACUCACUCAUUGCCAAUUUUAUGCAAUAUUUUGUAGAUUUGAAACACUUGACAUGGAUUCUAUACUCAAUAUGUUUAAUGUUGUAUGGUGUAGACAGGAGAUAAGUCAGUAAGGUAAAUUAUUAAAAGGAUUCAUGAAUAAUUUCUUUUAUUUUUAUAUAGUGUAACAAUGCUUGAAAACUAGACUAUAAUGUAGAGAUGGUGGAUAGGUUUGCAGAUAUUUGGAUUUGGGUGUAAGAACUCAAAUGCUGCAGAUAUUUCAGAAAACUUUGUUGAUGGUCAUUCCAAUAGAUUUUAAAGUUAAAACUGAUCAUGGAUCACCUGUUUGUCAACAUGGAUUCCAGAUUCAAUCUGUUUUUUUAGUGUACGGUAAAUUGACAAAUGACACAUUGUUGGUCUCCAGUUCACCUAAGUCUGUUUAUUGAUCUAAUUUUGUGGACUUAAUUUUUUUCAGUUUUCAGUAUUUAGAGAAACUUGAAAACAACAUGUAGACCCUGAUAGCAAGGUAGUUCAGUUUGUAAUUAGCCAUAAGGCUACUUGUUUAAGUACCAAAAUAGAAAGAGAACUUUGGUUAAAAUCUUAUCACUGUAGAAGAAAAAGAGAGACACAAACACAUUGGACACUUCUGGAAGUUUCACAGAUCUGACUUUCAUUUUUACUUGAAAUUAGGUAAACAGGUUGGGUAAAAAUAUGACAGAGUGACUAAGAAAGAAUUACUCCUUACAAUAUCAAUACCAUAUCGACCAGAUAAGUGCAUGAUGAGAAUAAAGAAAUAUAUCAAUCUGGGGAUAAUUGGUUGAUUCAAUACUAAAUUCUCUGAUUGAACAUUGUAAGAACUGUAUGGUUGACAGUAAGGAGAAUUAGAAAUUUGGUCUGGAAGUUAAAGUGUUAAGUAUGUUUUGCAUGAAAGUGUUAAAAUGUAUAACCAAAUUUUGAAAUAAAUGUUACACGAGUGUGAUUUUGAUUAAAUUCUGGUUGUGCUUUUUUUGUCCUGAUUUGAUGUUUUACUUUCUUCAUGCAUUUGUAAUAGGUAAGGAGCUUACAAGAGAACUACACAAAAACACUUGUGGGUCAGGCUUUCCCCUAGCAACUGUCAUUGCUGUUUUUUUUACCAAAUCAGUAAAAAUUUUUGCAACAACUAAAUAGGCCUGAAAAUAGUCUGGUUCCAUUUGGAGAUUAACUAUGAUACUGGAAUCAAGCUCCCUGCUCAAAGAAACAUUGGCCUAUGGCGCAAUGUCGUGGACAAUUAUAUCAAUCACACGAUGGGAUUUUUUUCCGUCUCUGAAAUGAUAUUUGACUACAUUGUUGACCAUGGUAUGAUUUACCAUUGGAUGUGCUAAUAAAACAAACACACUCCAAACUUUUGUUUUACAGUGCACUAUAAGAUCAGCAAAAGGCCAAGUUAAAUAUUAAGGUAACAUCCUUUGUGUUUGGAUAUUAAUUACUAGAGUGUUUGGAAAGACUUACUUAACAUAAAGGAAAGUUUAGCCUUCAAUGCUGGUCAUCAUUUGCAGCUGUGUUUAUCUUUGCCAUCCUUAACCCUCCAACUCCCUUGAUCUGAUUGUUAAUUCUCCCCUCUAGCUGCUACACAUUUCCUUUUAAAUUAGUUUUUGAGAACUUGGUGCUGAAUCAAGAUAGCAGCUUCUACCUGACAAGUUUCAAUAUUCUCAUUACCGUAUUUACCCGUGUAUAAUGCGCGCCCGUGUAUAAUACGCACCCUAGUUUUUGACCUCUUUUUUCCGAAAAAAAAAGAUUUCAUGACAAAUACCAAGAAUUAAAACUUCCAUUUUUUCACUUAAUUAACAAGAGCUGGGAAUUCAUCAAUAAUAUGUUUACAACAAUUUCUAACUAGUUGCUACUACAAAUAUCGCACGCACCGAGCACCUAUUUACAAGCUUUUUUAUUCAGUAACAGUCAAACGUUUUAUAAAUGUUGUAACUUGAAGUCCUUAUUAAUAUACUUAAAUUCACAACUUGAAUUAUUAUCAUAACAGCCGUUCAUAAACAUUAUUUCUACUCACAGUACUGCUGGUAGCUUGAAUAUAAUUACUGCAUUGCAAUUGCGUGAUUUAAGUAAAAUGUUCAGUGUCUUUAAACAACGAAACCUUCAAAUUCCGACUCACAGUCCGAUUCGAAUAGGUUUCGAUGACUGAAUCCUCAAGUUCAUCAGUGAUCUCAGUUGAAUUGUAAACCAAUUCAUCUUGUGAUCCAUUCGAAUUGUUUGUGCACCCACAGUUCAGAGAGAGGCAGCGAUCAUUUCUGAUGGAAUGCCUUCCUACGCUUGUGAAAUAUACGAACAGAUCAGUUCCUCCGAAGCCUUUUUUUGUCGUCCAGUAAGUUCGUGAAUUCCAUCAGCCAUCCACUCCUUUCGGACUCCAUCUCUAAAUGGUUUGUUCAAAGAUACAUCGAGCGGCUGGAGAAGGGAAGUUCGCGUUUGAAGGAAGUGUUCACAGUAUCUGUCACGUGAGCUUCAAAUGAGUCGUAAAUAAGCAAGCUCUUUCUCCUCCCCAGGCCACCGAUCCGUGCACUUUUACUUUCUUUGUUGCGUUUUUAACGUAUGCAAAUUAGGACGUGCUUGACAAACAAAAGAAUCCGUGUAUAAUACGCACCGCGAUUUUGAUGCUUGUUUUUAUGGAAAAAAAAGUGCGCAUUAUACACGGGUAAAUACGGUACUUGUCUGCUGAAUAAUAUACGGAUAUUAAAGGGAGAAGUUUCAUGUGAAUCACUUCUGGGAGUCAAAAGAUUAACUUUUCACACUUUCCAGCACCUCACUCCCACAGCUCCCUGCAGCAUGCUGACAUCAAUUUUUUUUUUUAAUUGUUGUUACUUGUACAGUGUACCUUGCCAAACAGAAGGGCUGCCCAUAGUUUACCUAAAGACAGUAUGCAUACUCUCCUCACUGUAGUCUAUACAUUCCUGAUGGAACUGACAAAAAAUUAGAUUGAUAUUCUUGAGGGUUAAUAUUUUAGUCUAUAUUGCUAUAUUCUCCUCUUUCAUAGUGUUUUUCUAGUAUAGCAAACAAGUUUUUCAAGCUCUUACUCUAUGAAAUGGAAAAGCAAAAAAUUAUCAUUUGAUAAUGCUUAACUGUCUAGUAAUGCACAAAUCAUUUUGAAAACUUCAACUUCCAUGGACAUUUCACUGUCUUCUGUACCCUGAAGGUGGGGAACUUGAACCAGAAGUGUCAAGUCUUUUUAGUGGAACUCCAAAUACAAGAGUUGUAUUUUUACAUAUGGAGGUACUGAAGGUAUUAAAUAGUUCGCUUUCAUGAGAGAAUGGCUCAAUAAAAGGACUACAAGGUCUAGGUUUUAAAGCUUGGGCAAUGUGCAGAAAGUCAUGGUCCCUGAUUUUGCCCUCUACAAAGACAUUAGGUGGGGCAUUUUGAACACAACUUUUUCCCUGGUGAGUGGGAAUUUGGAAGGGGAGUACAAGUAGUACAAGCAUCCAUUGGCCACAUUGUGAAGAAAAAAUCUCAUUGUCUAUGCAAGUGAGGCUCGACCUACAUUUUUAACAGUUAUAGCAGGUUGUUAUGGAUAAAGAAAAGACUUCAAAGUAACCUGUAUCCUGAGUCCCUCAGAGAAACGGCUUGUCUUUGUGGUCACAUUCCAAAUUAAGAGAGUUUAUUAACCUUACAGCAGUUCUGAUUCUCUCGUUAGCCUUGUCAACUAAAGUCAGAGAGUAGGCAAGAUGGGCUUUGGAGAAAAUUUCGUGGUGCAGACCUACCAAGUUUGUAAUUUUUGGACAAUGUCGGUGACGGAGUCGCAAAAAGUGGCAGAAUACAGUCAAAACAAAGAAAACAUAAACUACUCUCAUGGGUUUCAUGUGCUACAAAAAGAUUUGAUUUCCUUCCCGCGGCUCUCGAAGUAAAGAAGUAGUUCUUGACUCUUACUCAGUAAAGCGUAAUCUUUUUGCUGCAUAAGAAAUCCUUUGUUGACCAAGCUUGUUCGGUCAAGAUGUUUAGAUAUUGGCCUAGUUCCCUUGUUUUUUUUUUUUCCUCAUUAAUACGCAAAAGAGUACUCGGCUAAUAUCCAGCCAUCUCGACUGAAACAAGCUUGGCCAAUAACGCAUAUAUCAGUUACAUCUAUGAACGAGAAAUGUCAAUGAAAUGCAUGGGGCAUCUUUUCUGUAGUUUCUUUGGUAAGAUUUCCGUAUACCCCCAUACUAUUCUACAUAAAAGCCGUAGUCACAGAGGUAAUCUACGAGCUAUUGUUACGCCACUGCCUUCUCUCAUCCAAUACUGUAAGCAUAAUGAAUUAUGGGGCUGUGCGGAAAUCUCGCCGGAUUUGACUUCAUCGAAGUUGAGAGUUGAUGGUGAUGUUUCUUUUUCCUUUGGGACACGUGAUUCCGAUCUCAUUAGGACGAGUUUCGCGGCCUCCGCGAUAAAGCAUGGAGUCUCCAUUUCCCGGAAAUACUGUGACGUAUGUUAUUGUUGUACGUCAUCUGUCGAAGCACGGGGAAUCCCCCGGUGAAGAGUAACAGAAGGGAAGUUCUGAUGUAAGGCAGAGGAUGAAAGAAAAUACUCUUGAGUCCCUCUUGAGUGGCAGAGUAGACAAAUAGUAUUCUCCAUAAGCGUUUAGCAGAGUUUCAAAAUGUCCCUUUCUGAACUGAAUUGUAUUUAGCCGGGUUAAUUGAAAAGGUAGUAAGUUUUUCUCAACCACAGUGGGUUUCAAUUGUAUUUGCCCUUGUGUGAAUGCCUUUGAUAAUUUUUUCGCUGUCACCAAUGAAUAUCUCUUUCAUCUUGGUAAAAUUUGGAAAGAAGAGUCAUUUCAAAUUCCUAGCUACGGGCUUUGAAGGUAUUUGAAUUUCUCUUACAGUCCAGUGAGCAUUCAAAAAGCCUGUGGUCUGCCAAACGAAUAAAGGGGGUAAGUUUCCAAAGAAACUGUAGUGCUGCGUCGGUGGGAGAGUAUAAUAAGGAAAUUUAGUUUUAUCAAUUGAGUUGAAAACGUUAAUUGGCUACCGUAAAAAGUUUAAACAGUCCAGUAGCAGAGACUGGAAAAUCAAGGUUUCGUUCAAUCCACGAGCUAGAAAAGGUUUGACAAUGGAUUUUAUCAGACCAAUACCUCCUGAGUAAGGCUCGUUACGCCGUAAAGUCGAAAAGUGGUAUACGAUCCGAGAGAAAGGAGGGGUUUUUGCUACGUCAUCCCUUCGUCGGUGUGAAAACGAGGUUGUAGAGUGUAUGACAUUUGUUUUCUCAUUUUUUCUUUUUUUUUACACCCUUAUCAACAUUGGCCGUCCAAAUACCUAGGUAGUUCAAAACACUUGCUUCAUUGGUUUAAUUUUACAGAAGUGACAUCACGUGACUUAUCAUGUGACAAGAAAAAUCCUAAAGAAACCCUUGAAAAUAUUAAAAAAUCUUUGUCUUUUUAUAAACAAGUAUUAAAUUUUAUUCUUUAUUCUUACAGCGAAUCCUUGAAGCACUAACAUCAAGUCAUUAGCAUUGCGCUGAAAAUUAUUCGUUGCUCAAGUAAAAGUCGUACCAAGCUUCCAAAGCACAUAGGCUUUGCACCAUGUGUAUACCAUCUCACCUCAUCGCGUCUCCUUAUAACGCUCCUCAACAAAAUGGGACACUGUUGCAGUUGUGACAAACCGCGUGUGACAGACACUAGUAUCGCAGCGGAAGUACUUGCUGAAGCGGACGAGUAUGGCACUGUAGCACCGAAAACAAAACCUGGCCCCGAUUGCUCGAAAGUUGGAUAACGCUGUCCACUGGAUAAAACUCUAUACGGUGGAUACACUUAUCCAUCGGAGAGCAAUUUAUCCGUUGGAUAGCGUUAUCCGACCUUUACUAGUACAACUGGGCCCUGGUCCGUUUCUUUUACUAGCGGCAGACAACACAAAUGUCAAUGAAGAAUCCCUCGAUGGAAAAAACAACUGAUGUGACAUCCAUGGUUGUAUUUCAGAGACGGUCGAAUAUAUAAACCAGAACCACCCCCGGUCUAACUGGCCAACCACAAUGACGGGAAACUAUCCCUACAGGCAGGGGGAAGGAUUUACGAGCUAAAAGAGUGCUCUGCAUUUGGUAGACGACCUCAAGUCACUUUUUAUACUGGUCAGGUUAAACAAGAGUGGUUUAAAGAAGAAAAUGAGCUGUUGGAGUCAGCACGUUGCGCUGAUGAAGUAUGAAAAGUCAUUCAAAUGCAUUCCUUAGGUCUAAUGGAAUCACUAUCUCGAGAAGUAAUCGCGAGUCAGUCAGUUCCUGGGUGGAGUGCAUUCAACGCAUUGCUUUAUCCAGAGUCACCAGAAAUUGGCGUGGUUGGUUACUAGUUGCCCCCUAACAGAUGGCUCUUCAACGGAGUUCAGUACGAUAUAUACCGUUCUCAAGGACGCCCAAGCCAUCAGUAAUACCAUGGGUCAGGAAGAUGCACUGAGUAAUAGCAUUUGAUCUUGCUAUGUGUGUGAAGGCCAAGCAAAUACAGUGGAGGCUUGCAAACAAGUUUUCCGUUGUUGUGAUUCGAAUGGGUACGUUUCAUAUCGCAUUGAACUUCUUGGUGUUUAUUGGCAAAAAGUACUUAAACUCGGGCCUUGAAGAUCUGCUGAUCGAGAACCGUACUCACAGUCCUCUGCCAGCCUGUAUAAAUCUUGAAUGAAGGCAUCCACCGACUCACCAAGUAACUGGUGUCGUUUGUUAAACGAGAUCUUUAUAUUAUCAAAUUGCGGCGAACAUCGAAAUAACUAUUGAAAACAGUGCGAACUUCUUCAUACGUAGCUUUUUUUUCGUCGAUUCAGAGUGGCUAGAAUGUCAUACUCUCAUUAUGACGUACUCGCAGGGAGUGGAAGUUGACUUGGCUGUUGCGGAUUAAUUUCGUUUUCUUGUGCUUCAGAAGGCAACCCUGAGGUUUUUUUUGUGUGUGAUACUGCUGCAGUGUCGAGCAUUUUAAGGGUUAAGGACCACUGCCACCAUGUAUGAUUUAAGACUAGUUGAACAAUAACACCUUUAUUGAAGAUGGCGACCCGUGUAAGCACACGAUUCCAGCGUGCAACGCACAAGGUUAACGUGAUUGACAACGGUAGAGAUUGGCAUAACCCUACAACCACCACCACAAGAUAACGGUUGGCACCUAGAAGGUAAAAUGUUGAAACUUGUCUUGAUGACCAGAGACCCAACACCAAGAAGUCUGCUUGAACUAACCACAUGCCAAUGUAGAAGAUCUAUGUGCCAUGCAAGUUGUUCCUGUUCUGGUAUUGGCCUUCCCUGUACAGAGUCCUGUUUGUGCACAGCAGAUGAAGAAGCCUGCCAGAACCCUCAUCGCACGCCGCUUCAUUUUGAUAGUGACUCUGAAGAUAGUGACAAGGACUAGCUAUAUAGCAAGGCACCUCUUUAACCACAUAAAUAGUUAAUUACUCUGGAAAACCCUAACGUACAAUUUUUAACAGUAUGAUGUACACAAUUUGAGAUGCACUGUUUCUUACAAAUUGGGUAAAAAAUCGAUCAACGUUCUAACGCAGUUGCUUUUUAGUAGUAGUUUUGCAAAAUUGAAACUGUUUGUUACUGUCGAUUGUAAACAUAGGGAACAUCUUGGUCAAGACUGCUUUAUAUUACUUCAUGUAAAUCGUUUACCGGAAAAAAAAUGAAUGUCAGCUCUUCAAGGAUUCACUGUAGUGAUAGUCUGAAACUUUAAAACUAUCAUCUUUAACUAGAAGCAGAGGAUAAACAAUUCAGAGCAUCAGCCUCGUGUUCAUGUUUUGUCAUUUAAUCGACAAAGCAUUAAUCUUCGAUCAUUAAAAAAAGAAAAAAAUAGCCAAAAAAAAGCCAAAUGAUAAAAGGUUUGUGAUAAGAAAGGCCGAGCAUCAAAUUUCAUACUUGUUUAUAAAAAGACAAGGAUUUUUUAUAUUUUCAAGGGUUUCUCUGAGAUUCUUUUUGUCACGUGAUAAGUCACGUGACGUUGCCAAAGGGUGAAAUUAAACUACGAAGGUAGUAUUUUGAACUAACUGAGUAUUUGGACCGCUUAUGCUGAUAAGGGUGUUAAAAAAAAUUAGCAAACAAACGUCAUGCACUCUACAAUCUCGUUUUCACGCCGGCGAAGGGAUGACGUAGCAAAAACCUCUUCUUUCUCUCGGAUCGUACACCCCUUUUCGAAUUUACGACGUAGUGAGCCUUACUCAGGAGGUAUUGGUCUGAAAAAAAUCCACUGUCAAACCUUCCUUAGCUCGUGGGUUGAACGAAACCCCGAUUUUCCGGUCUCUGCCACCUGACUAUUACAAACAAAGUAAGAGUUCAACUAGCGUAUCAAAUAAAUGACGUCACGCGGCCUCAAACCCGUCGUUGUCUUCUGUGUCAUUACCAUAUAAAUAGUUUCCGGGUGCUACCUGUACUUCGCUUAUCCGCAAUGUCCUCCAUAGUAACAGCCUUGUUCAAAGUCACCAUCGGUUUGCUAGUCAACAAAGGCAGAGAUAAGGCCGCAGAGAUACUGAAAGAUGGCGAUGUAACAGAUCAAAGAUUCCACUCCUUGAUCGUCCGUGAAAUAGACGACAUCAAGUCAAAGUUGGACGCGUUAUCGAGAAAAGAUUUAGAAGCGAGUAUCAGUUUCUUUGAGGAAGGAAUCGCGUUGUUGUAUGAAGUGUUUGACAUAGUAAAGUCUAGAAACGAGCGUGGUGCGGCAACAGCACAAGCAGCUUGUGAUGGAGCAUUUUCUCUCGUUGAAGGAAUCACAAGGUUAGAGCUUACUGGCCUGGACGAGUCUGCUACAAGAAAGCUUUCCACUGCAAAGAAAAGAUUCGAAGAUGCUCGAAGGGAAGCAACGAGGGCCUUUAAAAACGAAGGCCUCAAAACAUCUGACCGCAUUCUGGCCAUGAAGUAUCGAGUAAUGGCAACGAUAUUGGAAACAGUAGACAAUCCCGCUGAUGCAGUGGCACCAUGUAGAGUGUGCGUAAAGGAACUUAACAGUCUGUCAGCAGUACAGAAUAGCCUUGACGUUCAGCUCAAGACAGGCAUUCAGAAAGUGAGGGGUUUAUUUGGUAAAGAGGAAAGAAGGGAAAUAAUUUGGAAUGUUUGUCAUGUGAAUCGCGUGAUCUUUGAUAUUGCGCUCGCAUUGGGGAGACUUGACUUCUGCCCAAGUGUUGAUAUUGGAGAAAAUAGAGUUAUUCCAUUGUGUGACGUGAGGGUAAGAGACGUGUUACUCAAACAUGAUAAAGAGUAUUGUUGUCUUCCAUUACGGUCAUUUGGUCAGGAGGGUGAGGAGGAACACAAGCUGGAGGAACCGAUGGGUAUCGCUACAAACUCCAGCGGACAAUUUAUUGUAACAGACUUGCAUUACGUGAAGGUGUUUGACAACAGCGGCAAGUUUGUGAAACAAUCGAGUCUCUCCGAUGAAGUAAAUACAACAUAUGCUCAUGAAGUUGCCACAGACAUGAGCGACAACAUCUUCGUGCUAACCAGACUGGAGAAGCCUGGGAGAGAGGAAUCUUAUUGGGUUUAUAAACUUACUAAAACCGCUGACCUGUAUCACAAGUUUCGUCUGAGGGGAGGGGGCUGGUACAACGGACUGUCAGUCAGUGAUAAAGGGAAAGUGGUGACCUUGCGGGACUGUGAGUCAGUGGAGGAAUAUAACACUGAUGGAGAGUUUGUUCGCAGUUUUGGAAAAGGAAUAAUAAGGUUUGCGGAAGCUGUCAUAGUUACUAAUGAUGGCCGUGCUCUGGUAGCAGAUGCAGCUGACGACUGUGUUCACAUAUUCGGUGAAUCCGGCGACUAUCUUGACAAGUUCAAACUGCAACGAAUUGACUAUGAUUACAAAAGGAUUACAUUUCACCGAGCAGGUGAACAAGUCGUCGUUGCUGGUAUUCGAGUGGGUAAACUCCUGCAGGUUGAAAUAUACAGUAAAGAUGGUGAGUUUGUGUACUGUGAAGAGAUCGCAAUUGGUGGGAUCUGUUUUGUGAGAGGGAUAACGAUGACAACCAAGGGACGCGUUGCUUGUGUUAAGGACAAGGUAUUAAUUUUUUGA